UUACAGGAAAAGAAAAGGACUCUUCUGAGCUGAAACGAAAACGAAAGUUUCCAGGAGUAUUGUCACUAUCAGCUGCUGAGAAGGACGGAAGGAGCACGAGAGCAGAGAAUAUAAGGAGGGACAAAAAAGAUGUCCAUCACUUUCUGUGGUUGGGAAGUGGCCUAUGAUGAGGACCGCCACCUCAGAGCAGAACAAGCGCCUAAAUCUGGCAAUCAUUACAUCAUGUACCAUGGCACCAAGGUCCAAGCAGCACGCAAUAUCGUCCAAAAUGGUUUCAGUCAGUCCCCGGAUGGAAUGUUGGGGCCUGGCGUUUACGUGAGCCGCAACCAGAAGAAAGCCGAGCGCUACCCUUUGAAUUCGACCUUCACCGACCGUGUGGUCCUGAAGCUGAAUGUCGACUGUGGAAAAGUCAAGAAAAUCGACAAGGACAACCACCCUAUGCAGAAGACCUGGCACGCCAAUGGCUACGACACGGCCUGGGUGCCACCCAAAUGCGGUAUGAAGGCUGUUCCCAGUGGCCUGGAGGAAGACUGCGUGUGGGACCCCAAACGCAUCGAAGUGAUUGAUAUCGUGUUAGCACCUAACAGUACCAUUUUGAAUGAACUCAAGCAGUUAAUCACCCAGAAAUCUGCGCAAGCUGCCGCUGCCGCCGCCGCCGCCAACCCUAAUGUGUGCCAGCUGUGCAAGUGGAAAAUAGUUCCAGGGCAUACUGUUCAGCCCUGCUGGGGCUGUGGGGAGACCAUCUGCACACUGAUGACCAAACACAAGUGCAGUCAGUGGGGCUAAGAAGUUUCCUGAGAACAAAAUGUUGGUAUACAGUGAAAGGGAGACAUUCUGAUAUCAUGAUUCAUUCAUUCAUUCAUCUUCAGUAAGCACUGUAUCCUGGUCAGGGUCUCAGUAGAUCUGAAGCCAAUCCCAGGAACACUGACCGAUAUCCACUAGCCCAUCGCCAAGCAUUCAGUGAUUAUUAAAGUAACACUCUCUCCAAAAUGCCAAUUGAACAACUUUUCCCUGACCCCAAAGGUGCCUUAAAUUUUCCACUCGUAAGAGGCUAAUGUAACUAACAAAUAAGGGAAGCGUAAUUUUAGCCAGAAUUUUUGUACUCAUGCAAACUACAUACAGUGGCAGGUGAAUUGCAGAAGACAAUGGUAAGUUGGCCAGAUGGUAAAGGAGCAUCUUUAAGUCAGCAAAUCCGCUCUUAUGUGUAUUAACCUCUCUAAUAACCUCAAUAAUAAAACACCAGGUUACAGAUCAGGCUAGAUAAAUAAUAAUGAAAUGUUCCAGAUGUUUCUUUGAAAUCAAAUCAUUACUUACUGCAUCUGUAACGUAGAGUAUGCAACAUUACUUGAAAUUUGCUGAAUCUAUAAUGACCUCUCUGAGCAGGCUUAAUUGCAAAAGAAAGGGUUAAGACAAGAUAUAUUUUGUGGAAGGAAUUCAUGGAUUUCUAUUUGUAAAUCUCCAUUACUGUAUCCGUAUCAACCUGUAAACUUGGAACAGCAGUGUUGAUAAGACUUCCACUUUCUACCUUCAGAAUGAGUCGUAUAAUAAGUAGUAGGAAUACAAAUCUAAUUACUACUAGAAUUAAUUUUACUUCGUACAUACAGUUGUCUGUAGACAAACCAAGCCUAAAACCAGACUAUCAGCUCUCCACUGAUCAGGUAGUCAGCCAUUUUGAGGAUCAUCACAAGGGUCAGUGCUCCAGAACGUUUGCUUCAUAAAAAAAAUAAAAAAUUCCACAAUGCACUGCAAAAACCAGGGAAAUGUCUUCUGCUACUGUUUUCAAAUAUAAUAGUUUUUCGACUAUACAUAAUAUUGUGUCACGAUAUUGGGAGAUACUGAAACAGAUAGCUAAGCUUCCCUUUUUCUGUUGCCAAACAUUUGCUAAUCUGAAGGAAACUUAAUAAACCAAAGACACCUGUGGGAACAUGGGGCGCUUUUUGUAGGCUUUCCAUUUAAUUCUAGCUUUUUCCUUUUAAUUAGGCAUUUGAAAAACUUCCAAUCAUUUAUUUUUUCUCAAUAUGAAGAAAUGGAUAUGGUGCUAUGCUCUUUUGGGUUCUGCCAUUGGGUUGUUCCACUCUGGAGUUCAUUUCCUGUUAGAAAUCAUUGGAUGUGAAUGCGUAUGUGAAAUGUCUGAUGUAUGAAUCGCAAAUCUGUAGUCACUGCCGUAAAUCCGUUACUCGACUUGCAUCCGAUUCAUACAUGUUUCAGGACUUUCAGCUCUGCCCACUCGACUUGCAUCUGAUUCAUAUGUGUUUCAGGACUUUCAGCUCUGCCCACUCAAGCUCUUUUCUAAUAUAGUGUCGUUUGGAUCGUUUCAUUACUAUGAGUAGACUCUUUUGGUUUACUGGAGAAAGGUUGCGAUGUCUGCACAAUUACAAUUUAGAAAACCCGGAGGAAACCCUCCCAAAGCACAGGAAGAAUGUGGAAACUCUACACACAGAGGGCAGAGACGGGAAUCGAACUCACAACCCUGGAGGUGCAAGACAAA